UAUCAGGCCAGAAAUGCAUCACUGGAUUCAUGAGUUGCUGCGUUUUCGGUACCAUAAGACGGUAUUGUUAAUCAAAUGGAUUUCAUCGGACUCUUAACUAAAUGGUAGAACAUCUACUUUAAAUAUUUAAGCGAAGUACAAGGCAAGGACAAUCUCCUCAUCUCCAUUCUGAGAGAGUCAAAGUAAUCGAACGGGUGCACAACGGGGAUCCUACGUGUUGCCAUGGCGAUUGUAGGACGGAACUAGGUCAAAAUGUUAAGCUUGUAAAGUUCACAAAGAAGAAGCCACAUCGUCAAGCUGUAAGCGGGUGACAUGGCAACUGGAGGCUCUCCUUUUGAUGACAGUGCAGAAGAGCUGCACAAUUGGACUGUAACCAAUGGAAGUUUGGAUGAUAGGCUCAACAACAUGGACUGGGGUGUGCAGCAGAAGAAAGCCAAUAGAUCCUCAGAGAAGAACAAAAAGAAGCUUUCAGCUGCUGUCGUGGAGAGCCGCCUGACUAAUGAUAUUUCACCAGAGUCCACCCCGGGGGCUGGUCGUAGGAGAGCUCGCACCCCUCAUUCCUUUCCACACAUCAAAUACACCACCCAGAUGUCUGUCCCGGACCAGGCUGAGCUGGACAAGCUGCGUCAGAGAAUCAAUUUCACUGACUUGGAUGAGAGGAGCAUCGGCAGUGACUCCCAGGGUCGCGUCACAGCUGCCAACAACCAGCGCCAGUUAGCUGGAGAGAACAAGAAGCCCUACAACUUCCUACCUCUGCAUGUGAACACUAACAAAAGCAAGGAGUUUCUCCCUCCCUCCUCCUCUGCCCCGACCACACCGGCCAUCACUAAGGAAACCAAGAAACAGAGCCCGGGACUCAGGGACACAUUAACCCCUUUAGUUCUGACCAAGGAUACUCCAAGGCCCAGCCGUGUUGGCACAGAGAGAGGGCCCUCAGGGCACAGAGAAUAUGGGAGAGGAGAGCCGAGAAUAGACAGUAGCCAGGUGGUGAGCAAACUGGUCCAGAUCCGGGAGUAUAUCAGCAAGGCCAGCUCCAUGCGGGAUGACCUGGUGGAGAAGAACGAUGUGCCGGCUAACGUGGAGCGUCUCUCCCAUCUCAUCGAGCACCUCAAAGAGCAGGAAAAAUCUUAUUUACGGUUCCUGCAGAAAAUGCUGACACGAGAGAAUGAGGAGGAUGAUGUUGGGACCCUAGACUCAGCGGUGGGUUCAGGUUCACUGGCAGAGAGCACUUCUCUUAAUGUUGAGGUCCACUCUUCAGAUGCCUCAAAUGCAACGGGUGGCAGGCCAGAAACGGUGAGAGCUGACCAGAAGGAAGAGUUGGAGAAUCUGCGUAAGCAGCACGAGCUGCUGAAGAAGAUGCUGGAGCAGCAGGAGCAGCUCCGGGCCCUGCAGGGCAGACAGGAGGCAUUGAUGGCAAUGCAGGACAGUGCAGAGCAAGCACUGGCAGUGAUUGAAGACACUGUUGUCACAGAAACCACAGGCAGUGUUUCAGGCCUGAGCAUCACAUCAGAACUUAAUGAAGAGUUAAAUGAUUUGAUCCAGCGGUUUUACAACCAGCUACGUGACUCUCAGACUAAAGCAGUGCCAGACAACCGUCGUCAGGCUCAGAGCCUUUCGCUUUCUAGAGAGGUGUGCUGGUCCAGGACUCCUCAGGCUCUUGGUCCACCUCAACAUCGGCCUCUCCUCCACUCAGCCUCUGGUCCACACACUGGCCUGGACAUGGGGGCAACAGCUGCCAGUGCCAAACUCACAAAGCUCCAGGAACUCCAGGACAAAAAACAAACCAUGGACAAAAUCCUGCAGGAGUUGCACUCACUCAGAGACCAGACACUCAACAAUAACUCAUGUCGUGGUUUGUCAACACAGUGCAGCCUAAGUAUGGGAGGAUCCUCAGAUUGUACAUCUGCUCUCUGCUCUAAUGGGGCAUCAGCCUCCACCUCCUUUCAACCCUCGAUCACGCAGCGCCUGGACAGCUCCAAUUCCACAGACAAGCUCAGGAGGCUCAAGGAGGUCCACAAGCGCUUGAAUGAGCUGCGUGAGCUAGUUCAGUACUACGAGCAGACUUCUGAUAUGAUGGUGGACGCCGUCAAUGAGAAUGUGAAAGAGGAGGAUGAUGACGAGGAAGAAGAGGAGGAAGAUGAGAGUGAGGACGGUUCCAUGUUCGAGGCCAUGUUUGACUCUGAGCAGGAGAACCGGCAGCCAGUAACUAACAUCAGGAACCCUCAGCACAGUGGGAACUGGACAGACCUGAACAGCCUGACAAACGGGCGCAGUAUGAGGAGCAGUGCCACUAACAACAGAGAUGGCAGACUGAACACAGAGUGUGAGAUUAACAACCGGUCAGCAGCCAACCUCCGCACCCUUAACAUCCCCUCAGUCAUAGAAUGCCAGUACAAUAGGGACACCCCUUACAAUCAGGUGAAGGGCAACGAUGAUGAUGAAGAUGGUCUUGAUAAUGAUGAAGGUGCACAGGCUGCAGCUCCAGACAGUGAGGCUUCAGGGUCCAGCCGUAGAAGCAGUCUGGGAAAUGAUGGAGGGUUUUCCCAGAAGGUUCAUCGGCAGACAGCGAAGCAGAAAUUGCGACAGCUUCAGGAGCUGGUGGCCAUGGUUCAGAGUGAUGACACAGAUGUCACAACAGCUAACGAGGAUGAAGUUUUACACCAGCAGCCCAACAAUACCAGAUCAACAGCUGCUGGAUCAUUGGGGGCUUCGUCGAAACAGAAUCCCAGAGAACUUACUCUCUCCAGCAAGGCCAGGGAGAAGUUGUAUGAGGAGAAACUGCGUCAACAGAAACAGGAGCUGAAGCAGCUGCAUGAAGAACGACAGAGGCUCAUUGAAAUCCAAGGCAAGAUCCAGGACUUGCAGUGGGCUUGCCCUGAUCUCCAGUCCUCUCUAUCCAGCUCUGUGAGUCAGCAGGGCUUGCUUAGGAAGGCUCCAGUGGCAGUUUCCACUCCAGCUCCAGUUCACACUUCCUCUGGGCUCAAAACCAACUCUGCUAUGCUCAAACCCACUGCUCCAGAAGCUGCUACAUCCUCAGUCACCGACAAUGAGCAGCUUUGGUCAGAGAUGCGUCGCCAUCAGAUCUUGCGGGAAGAACUACGACAGCGCAGAAAGCACCUUGAGUCCCUGAUGGCUGAACAUCAGAGGCGAAGUGGUCUCAAUGACUCGCCUCGACGGAUUGAUGACCAAGAAGGCCUUGAUACACCGUCGCAACCUGUUAGCAGGGAUGAAAGGACGAUGGCUACCUGGGGUUCCACUCCUUGCCACCUUGAUGAUGAUGAGGACGACGAUGAGGAUGAUUAUCACUCUGAGAUGUGUGCAGAGGAGGAAGAAGAGCAGGAAGAAUGUGCAGAGAGCAGCUCUGAUGAAGACAUCCAUAUCUACUCAUCCAGCAGGAACCAUGGCUCGUACAGUAACAGGAAGAACCAUGGAAGAAACCUGAAGCCUCCGCCAGCAUUCUCAGGUGAAGUAAGUGGAAAUCCAUCCUUUUAUAACAAGACAAAUGCAAAACAGCAGCAGCAGUGCAGAAGUUUGAACCAGUCUAUGAACCAGCAUGGAGCUAUACGACGGCAAGAGAACCUACGCUGGGCAUCUGAGCUCUCCUUUGCAGAGGGCUCGUCGCACUGGCAGGAGCAGGUCAGCCAGCUGCAGAGACAGCUUGACUUCAGCACCAGCAUGUGUCAGACGCUCCUGCAGGACCAGCAGUCACUCUCUUACAUGUUACAAACCUUGCUGACUGGGCAGUAUGGUAUGUUACCCAACAAUUUGUCAUCGCCGCAAGUCCACCUGGUCAUGUACCAGCUCAACCAGUGUUACACUCAGCUGACUUGGCAGCAAAAUAAUGUACAAAGGCUAAAGCAAGUCUUAAACGACCUCCUCCGGCAGCAGCAGCAGCAGCAGCAGACUUCGUCUUCAGCAGCAGGUUGGCAAACACAGAAGCAUGGCUCAGCCCAAGAAACCAACUCUGCUCCCUCAUCCUCCCCUGGUUUCUUCCCUUCCUUCUCGUCCAACCUGCAACCUCCAACCAACAACAUGUCAACUGCUGCCUUAUCCCCAUUCCCUCCCAGCUUUAACUUAUAUCCCCUCUUCCCUGCUCCCAUGGGUGAUAUCUCUCAAGGGGCAACAGGUCAGGCAACUCCUGACCAUCAGAAGCAGCAGCUUGACCCUAACACAUCAAUCAAAACAGAGUACAUGAGUUUCCCUCCCCCUCUGCAGCGUUCUCCUCUAAACACCACUACAGAGAGAGGAGCUGCUGGCUGGCUUAAAACCUCGUACACAAACAACAACGUCCAGCAUCGUCAGUCUAAAACAGAUCCCCAGGAGUCCCCCACCUUCUCCCCGACUUUUGUCAACCGCCACGGCCGAUCAGAAGAAUUUGACAGAGUGUCACAGGAAAGCUUUAGCAGCAUACCUGACCCUGUUGACCCAACCACCAUCACAAAGACCUUUAAGACUGGACGUAAAGCCUCCGCACAAGCAAACCUGGCCUCCCGGAGUAAAACUCCCAAUUGUAAGAGUCGGAGGAGGAGGAGCAAAGGGCAGAACAAGAACAGUGAAGGCCAUGAGAGUGACAUUAGCAGCACUGCAGACUUUGCCCAGGAGAGAGCGCCACUGUCUCGUCAGAAGGAUCAAAACAAAAGUCUGCUGGACAAGCUGACUCAAGAAAAACUGGACAGCAAGACUAAGCUUGGGAGUAAACGAAAUGACCUCUCUUCCGCCUAUGCUUGGAGAACACCCUUCCUCUCUAACAGAAUUGCAUGCACAGAAGCACCAGAUGCAAGCAGUGACUUCUCACUCUUUGAGGCAUUGAGGGAGACCAUCUACUCUGAGGUGGCUACAUUGAUUUCCCAGAACGAGUCCCGCCCCCAUUUUCUUAUUGAACUCUUCCAUGAGCUGCAGCUGCUCAAUACAGACUACUUACGGCAGAGGGCACUGUAUUCCCUUCAGGACAUAGUGACCCGGCACCUAACAGAGAAGAGUGCAGCUGAGGACCAGUUGCCCCCUCUCGGCCCUGUGUCGUGGGCUGCAGGCUCUCAGUCUGAGCUCACACCCAGCGAGAGUCUGGCUACCAGUGAUGCAGAGGUGGUGGAGAAAAACCUGAGGCUCACACAGGACUCGGGGAAGAAGAGAGAUGAUGCAGAGUCUGUGGAUAACGAAAGCACCAUGUCAACCUCCUCCAACCUUGAACCAUUUGCCAAUGACGACUUGGGAAACACGGUGAUACAUUUAGACAAGGCUCUGGCCAGGAUUAGGGAGUAUGAGCGCAUGAAGCUUAAGGCUGAGUUUAACCCCUGCAAUGCCAGCUCUGCAGGUGCAGGUGGCUCUGAGGUGUCAAAUGCUGAACAUACCUCUGCUAACUCUGCUGACCAAGCGGAAGGCGGAGCAGCCAGUGAUGUGCGCUGCCCUCAGAUUGACACCCAGCAGUUGGAUCGUCAGAUCAAAGCCAUCAUGACAGAAGUCAUUCCUUUCCUCAAGGAGAACAUGGAUGAGGUUUGCUCCCUCCAGCUGCUGACAUCCGUGCGGCGCAUGGUCCUCACUCUCACCCAACAGAACGAUGAGAGCAAAGAGUUUGUCCGCUUUUUUCACAGACAGCUUGGAGGCAUAUUGCAGGACUCUCUCAGUAAAUUCGUGGGCCGCACUUUGAAGGACUGCGGGGAGGACCUCCUGGUGGAGAUCUCCGAAAUCCUCUUCAAUGAACUUGCAUUCUUUAGGCUCAUGCAGGAUUUGGAUAACAGCAGCAGCAUUGCCUUGGCCGCCAAACACAAGAACAAGAAGAGGGUUGAGCAGCAGGAAAACACAGACACUGGUGGAGAUAAAUCAGUUUCCCCAGCGUACACUGAUGAAGACAAGGACCAAGACGAGGCGGAGCAGGACGGUGAUUCUACUCUAAAGGAGCAUUACCUGCAGAAAGAGAGGAAGAACAGUGGGAGCAGUGAAGCUUCUGAGGCUGAAGAGGAAGAAGAGGACGAAGGGCAAGGACAAGAAAUACCUCUGUCUAUCAGCCUCUCAAAAGCAGAGACUCAGGCUCUUACAAACUAUGGCAGUGGAGAGGAUGAGAAUGAGGAGGAGGAAGUGGAGGAGUUUGAAGCUGGACCUGUUGAUGUCCAAACCUCUUUGCAGGCAUCUGCUGAUGGACAUGUGGAGCAGGAGGGCACAACACCCAGCAAAACCCAGGAGAUCAAAACUGACCACAAGAGUCCAGAGAAUGAUGAUGAAACCAUCAAGUCAGCAGAGACUGUGGACUCCCCAGCAGAGGAUUGUGACAUGGCAGAGUGUCAGAGUCCUGAGAAGGAGACUAAUGACAGAGCAACUACUGCUUCAGAGGGAGGCUCUACAGCCUCCCAUGAUCAGGACAUCCCCAAAGAGCCCAACACCACAAGUAGCCCUGAUACAGACUCCCCUGUGAUGAUCAACGUAGAUGAGGUUGGCUCUGGGAACACCAGUCAGAAAUCUGAUGAAGAAGACUUUGUGAAGGUGGAUGACUUGCCGCUUCAGCUUACAGUCAUGUGUGAGGAGGAGCUGCAGAAGAGAAUAGUGGAGGAGCAGCAGAAUAAUAACCUGUCUGUGGAGAUCCUGAAUGGAAACACUGAAUCGCUGACUGGGCUUGUGGGAAAUGCUCAGGCUUUGAAGGAACCAGAAAUGGUUGGUGCCCAGGGGUUGUAAAGAUUUAUUUUGAUAUCUGAAGAUAUACUGUUUUUUAGCAACACUAUACUUAAACCCUCAAUCAGUUCUGUCUAUAUGAUUGUUGAUUCUUUAUCUGCUACUUUAAAGGAGCAAAGGCUCGUAAUAUUUGUCAUAAAAUAGCUGUGAUCCCGAAACACAACGGAUAAAACACCAAUGCAUAAUCAACACUUAGUUUCAUUUAUUCCUGAAUGUUAAUGUGAUUUGUGGGUAAUCUGGGGAGGGAUAUGUCUCUAUGCUGCUGAUGACCGUUUGUUAACAGUCAAGCUUUUAUGAAUCUCUAUAGUAAUGAAACUGCUCUGCAGAUCCGCCUUAGCCCUGUUCUUGGUUCUGGGAUCAGUCCAAUCUAAGUUGUGUUUUUUAUUUUUUAAAUGUUUUAUUUGUCUUUGCCUGGCCUUAAUGCUGUAUAGCUCGUCUCUUCUGCACUUGAUUCCUAAUUAUUAAGAGAUUACAGUCAGACUGCUUAAUUGUUUCUCCAUUUAUUUUCUUUUUAGAGCGUAGGUUCAACUUUUAUCCCUUCAGACACAUCUUUAUAUAUUUUUUGUUAUUUCCAUUGACUCUGCUGUAAUAAAAUGUUAACAACAGUUAAAAGUUUUAAAUAAUAAAAUA